CCUAGGGACGGGUGUAAUUGCCUAGGGGAGAUGCGUCCCCAAGCCACGCCAGCUGGCUCGUGGGCCGGGAGGCGUGGGCGCGCGCGCGGUCUGGGAGGCAUCCGCGGAGAUGCGCAGCCGCCGGUCGCCCGGCUCGGACUCGUUUCCCUUUUAAAUGUCAGCGCUCGGGGCUGGAGGGGCAGCACGCGGCGGCGGAACGAAACGGUCGGAUUGGCCGCGCGCCGUAGUUCUAGGCGCACCUCUCCACCGAAGGGCCCUUCUGACUGGCAGGGGGAGAAAGUAAACAGAGUUGAAUCACCCUCCCCACUGGCCAAUUGGAGGGGGCCUGGAUUGUGACGUGAUGGGAUUCUGCGAAAUUGUUACUGAGCCGGAGAAUGCCGGAGCGGCGCGGCGCGGCAGGACCCGGGGCUCGGCGUCCGUCGGCGGACGCGGGAAGAAGUGUCUCCUAGGCGCGGCGCCCCGCUCGGCCCCCGCCCCCGGCGUCCGCGUGCUCGGCUGAUCACCCGGGGCAUCCAUCCGGCGGCCGAGGCGGUCCAGGGCGUGCGCCUGGCUCGCAGUUUGCCUCUCCCCGCGACUCGGACGGGUUUGCAGUCGAAUAAACUUGCGACCGCCACGUGUGGCAUCUCUCCAAGGAGCCGGCUAAGGAGGAGGGCGCGCCCGUCGGGGGAUCGCGCGGGGCGCCGGGCAGGGCGGCGGCGACAGCGGCGGAGCCGGCCGCGGCUGCUGCGUGCGGAGGCGCUGCCGGUUACGUAAAGAUGAGGGGCUGAGGUCGCCUCGGCGCUCCCGCGAGUCGCAAGCUCCCGCGCCCCCGCCCCCUCGGCCGCGCCGCACCGCGCUCGUCGUCCGAGACCAGGGCAGGGCGAGCCGAACCUCCGCAGCCACCGUCAAGUUUGGUCGCACCGCUCGGGCUGCCGUCGCCCGCACCAUGUCCGCGGCCGCCUACAUGGACUUCGUGGCUGCCCAGUGUCUGGUUUCCAUCUCCAACCGCGCCGCGGUGCCGGAGCAUGGGGACGCUCCGGACGCCGAGCGGCUGCGACUCCCUGAGCGCGAGGUGACCAAGGAACACGGUGACCCGGGGGACACCUGGAAGGAUUAUUGCACGCUGGUCACCAUCGCCAAGAGCUUGUUGGACCUGAACAAGUACCGACCCAUCCAGACCCCCUCGGUGUGCAGCGACAGUCUGGAGAGUCCCGAUGAGGAUAUGGGAUCCGACAGCGACGUGACCACCGAAUCUGGGUCGAGUCCUUCCCACAGCCCGGAGGAGAGACAGGAUUCUGGCAGCGCGCCCAGCCCGCUCUCCCUCCUCCACUCUGGAGUGGCUUCGAAGGGGAAACACGCCUCCGAAAAGAGGCACAAGUGCCCCUACAGUGGCUGUGGGAAAGUCUAUGGAAAAUCCUCCCAUCUUAAAGCCCAUUACAGAGUGCAUACAGGUGAACGGCCCUUUCCCUGCACGUGGCCAGACUGCCUUAAAAAGUUCUCCCGCUCGGAUGAGCUGACCCGCCACUACCGGACCCACACUGGUGAAAAGCAGUUCCGCUGCCCGCUGUGUGAGAAGAGGUUCAUGAGGAGUGACCACCUCACCAAGCAUGCCCGGCGUCACACCGAGUUCCACCCCAGCAUGAUCAAGCGAUCAAAAAAGGCUCUUGCCAGCCCCUUGUGAGGUGUUUGCCAUGGCAGCCAGGCAGAGAUGGUCCCAGAAGGACAGAGCUCCCAGGAAACAGACGGACACAUGGAAAACACGCCCCAGCAGAGGCGCGCUGACCCCAGGAGGUCACUGCUCUUUGGUCAAUAUUCUGAUACUCUCCCUGUACUGUUUCCAAAAAGCACAUGGUAGCCUAAGAUCAAAGUCAACAUAUGGUUUCCUCGCAGAGGCAACUUGGAACCGUCUCUGACUGUCGGAGGGGCAGGCAGAUGCUUUUGGUAUUUUCUCCUUUGUUUUGGGGGGUGGGGGGGAGGGGGGCAAGGCCAAGACUGGGGAUAGGAGUUUGAAGAUUCGCAGUGGUGUACAUACGUCUGACUGGGUGAGUUGACCCCUGGCCCCCCACAGUGACUCUGGAUCCUCGAUGCUUGCUGACUCUCAGAAUUGUUUUCCUCUCUUUUAAUGUAACGACCAGUGUGCUUCAGUUUGUUUAGCAGAACCACUCUCUUGAAUCAUGUUAACGUUUGAAAUUUAAAAAAAGAAAACAAAAAGAAAAAAAAAAAAACCAGCCCUCCAUAGCACAGCUGUCUUUUAUGCAAGCAAGAGCACACCCACUCCAGCAUGAUCUGUCAUCUAAAGACUUGAAAACAGCAGCAACAAAAAGUUACUUACAGUCAAAUCGAUAAGCAGAGUCAGAAUUUACACUAAUCAAGACAGACCUUCGAGAGGUCACGAUAAGUCCGGAACUUUCAAACCUUGCUUUGUAUGAAUCGUACUAUCUGAACAUAAACUGCACUUUUUUUUUUUUUAUUUUCUAAUAACCAAGGGUGAAUACGGUAAAUACACGCUUUUGAGGGUAGAAGCCGACGUUGUGUUUGGCACCACGUUAUAUUCUGCUUAUUUUUACAGUAUACACGUUUCCCUGAGAACCCAUGGCAGAGAUGUGAGGGCAGAAGGUCUAAAACAUGCUGAGGAGGAGGGGGAGGAGGGGGGUAGUGUUUUAAAGAAACAAAAAUGAGCAAACGAUUUUUCACGUCAUGAAUCUGUUUGAAUUUUCCCCAUCCUUUCAGAUAAUGCCAUCGCGUUACACUCGAGGCACCAAGACGCAGAGCAGGCACUCAGCUCUGUCCAGCGUUAGCUGAUAAAUGGGUGUAGAGCCAUCACCAGGCCUGGACAUGCCCAUUUGGGGUGUUGGAGGGGUCUUGGUCUUUUUCUUGUGUUCCUACGAGACUCCCACUAUGAGGUGCAAGAGUUUUAUCAAAGGAAAGGGAGCUGAAAUACGAAAAAAAAAAAGUUUGCCCCUGUAAGUAGUUAAGUAUCUAGGGAAGACACCACAGUGAUUUCAGAGGCGACUCCACAGAACAGGCCUCUCUGGUGACCACAGAUCAGAGAAACACAGGUGAACAGCGUCGUGUCACCAACUGUCUGCAUCAGUAGCUCUACCACUACUUAGCUCGUAUCCAGGUGUCUAUACAAUGGCCUGAACCACUAUACCCAUCCUAUGCCAUUUACUGAAAACUUAAUUUUGGCUUUUACACGGCCAGAAAAGCAAACUCAGUUUUCAUAGUUUAAAAAACAAACAAACAAAAAAAAAAACCUCAAUUGAGGGGAGUCAGCAGUGAUCAUGGGGAAAUGUUUACAUUUUUUCCUUCAGAAAUACCACUUUCUGAUGAUUUUAUCUGAUAUUUAAAACAGGGAGCUACGGUGCCCCCUAGUUUCUCCAUGUGCUGCACAUGGUGUGUAAACUCGGGGUUCCCACCUGCAACAAGCUCCGCAUUUCACCCAGCACAUGCUCACUUCCAUCUCGGCAGCAGGUGCUCCUCCAGUGGGCACAGCUGACUCUGACUUCCAACACAACAGCCAUCGCUAGCACAGUGUUUUCUGUUUAACCAAUGUAGUCGUAUCAGUAGUUCUAUCAGAACUGCUUUUAACAUUAGGGACUGGGAGCAGUCCAUGAGCUAAAAAGGAAAGUGUUUUCUCACGAGAAAACAUGUCAGGAAAAAUAAAGAACACUUUCUACCUCUGUUUCAGAUUUUGAAACGCUUAUUUUAAACCAAAUUUUAAUUUCUGUGUCCAAAAUAAGUUUUAAGGACAUCUGUUCUUCCAUAUGAAAUAGGUUAGGCUUGCCUAUUUCUUCCUGAGCUCAUGGGAAGGCUAUGCAUAGGGUCCUCUGCGCGCUGCCUUUUAGUGAGUGAGGAGUUUGGCGUUGCCUAGCAACUUGCUAACUUGUAUAAACUCAGCUUUCCCUCACAGAAAGAAAUGAAGGAAAACCAAGUCAAGUCAGUGAAAGACAAUCUUUAUUGUUUCAGGAGUAAAUCUGUAUGUGGCUUUUGUCAAACACUUAGAUGGAUAUAAAUGCAGCAACUUGUUUUAAAAAAAAAAAAUGCACAAUUUACUUCCCGGAAGAGUUGCUACUUGCCUUUUCAGGUUGUUGACAGACACACAUUUGAUAUUCUCUUAUAUGUUAUAGUAACGUAACGUAUAAACUCAAGGCUUUUUAUUCUUUGUGAUAAGUCCUGUUUUACCAUGUCACAAAACAGGAACCAGCAUUCUAAUUAGAUUUACUACAUGGAGAUAUGGUUCAAAUAGGACUACUAGAGUUCAUUGAACACUAAAAACUAUGAAACAAUUACUUUUUAUAUUAAAAAGACCAUGGAUUUAACUUAUAAAAAUCCAAAUGCAGGAUAGUAAUUUUUGUUUACUUUUUUAACCAAACUGAAUUUUUUGGAAGACUAUUGCAGGUGUUUAAAAAAGAAAGAGAAGCCGUUUUAUCUAAUACUGUAAGUAGUUGUCAUUCAUGGAAAAUAUACUAGUUUUAGAAUUAAGAUCUCUCCUCUCCUUGGUUAGGGAAGAAGAAAGCCCUUCACCAUUGUGGAAUGACACCCUGGCUUUAAGCUCCACGUCACGCUUCUUUUGAGAAUUAUAUUUGGUAGUUACAAUUACAGAAACCAGUUAGUUUGUCAGUUUGCAGAUAGAUUUAGCACAGUACUCAUCACUCUGGGUAGGUUAGAUGUUCUUUCACAGCAGAUGAAUGGUCUGUAACACUGUAAGAUACUGAUCUUUACAACUGUUUAAUCAGUUUUAUUUUUGUACAGUAUUAGUGACCUAAGUUAUUUUGCUGUCCCGUUUUUUGUAAAUCAAAUGAAAUUAUAAAAGAGGAUUCUGACCGUAGGUAUUUUGUACAUAUGUAUAUAUGUUGUCCAAAUAAAAAUAAUAAAUGAUUAAGAUUAAA